GCUCCAUGGACGUGCCUGACACUGGUAAUAUUUGUGGUGGGGCUAUUUAUUGCCAAGAAUCAAUGAAGAGCCCUGCAGGACCAUCUUCUUGCUUCUGAAUCUUCCCACAACUUCCAGACUCCCCUCCAUGCAGCCAAAAAACCCCAAUAAAGAAUCAGUUACCUGCACACCCCAGAUCACAGAGGAGACCACUGCUAACUGCUGAUCGGCUUGUCUUGAACCAGACCCUUCAGAAGGAAAAACCAGAGUCAUCCAUGGCCAUGGGGAUUGUGGACAUACCAGGUGGGCAACAGGAAAAGUAUGUGAGCCCAGCUUUUGCAAUCUGACAGAGGCGGGCGAAAGCAAGUUCAGAGAAAAGACAUUCCCCUGAAGAAGAGCAGGAGAACAGUCCUCGAGCCCUGCCUGUGCUAGGUGAAGGACAGCCAGCCACACCACUUGCUCAAUCCUAAAACCAUCUCCCCCAAGCCCUGGAGACACACUGGCAGUUGAACUGAUUUUCCAGAGGCAGCAUGGACAUCAAGGAGUAUUUUGCCAGAAUUUCUUACCGGGGCUCCUACGAUAAGCCAGACCUGGCUACCUUGACGGAUAUAUUCCAGCACCACAUCCGAGCGGUCCCUUUUGAAAACCUCAGCAUCCACUGUGGGGAAAUCAUUGAGCUGGACCUGGAAGCGACUUACAACAAGAUAGUGAAGAAGAAACGCGGGGGCUGGUGCAUGGAAAACAACUACAUUUUAUCCUGGGUCCUGAAAACCCUCGGCUACAACGUCACCCUCCUGGGAUCAAAAGUUUACGUCCCGGAGUACGACGCGUAUGCAGAGGAAAUCGAUCAUCUGCUGCUGAAAGUGGUGCUUGACAACAAAUCCUACAUUGUGGACGGUGGGUUUGGGAUGGUCUACCAGUUAUGGCAGCCACUGGAGCUGGUUGCGGGGACAGACCAGCCCCAGACCCCUGGGGUCUUUCGCUUGCUGGAAGAGAACGGGGUCUGGUACCUCGAGAAGGUGAAAAGGAAGCAGUGGGUUCCUGACCAAAGCGUCUCCACUUCCCACAACGUGGAAAAAGAAGUUUGCCGUCGGGUUUAUCUCUUCACCCUUCAGCCACGAGACAUCGAGGAGUUCAGAGCCCCCAACACCCACCUCCAGACAGCGCCCGACUCGCUGUUUGUGACAAAGUCCAUGUGCAGCCUGCAGACCCCCGACGGUGUCCGGGCCCUGGUGGGGUGGAAACUCACCGAGAUAAAGUACAAUUAUAAGGAUAAUAUGGAUCUGGUAGACAUCAGAAUCCUUGCAGACGAAGAAAUGGAGGAAACACUGAAAGAGAAAUUCAAUAUAACACUAGACAAGAAAUUUGUACCCAUCAAUAAAAGCAGGUUGUCUCUGUUUUAACUCACUGCCUGAAUUAUAAUUCAAUCCAGUGUCAUUACACGCAAUCCUUCCCCUAUUUCUGACAAGCAUCUAAAGGUUAAGCUUUCUUUUCCAUCUACAUCGGUGUAAGGCAGAACACAUUAGCAUGAAUCUGGCAAAGAAAUUGAUUUUCACAACUGCUCCUGCACCUCUUUUUGGUUUGGGUACAAAUAAUUUCUUCCUAGCUCAAUCAAAUCACUGCCCUUCUGUCUGUGCUUGGCUGGAAGCAGACUCUGCCCAUUCCCUACUCCUUUCAUCUCUUAAAAGCAUUUCCAAAUACACCCAGAGCAGAGCAGAGCGAUGGAGAUGUAAGUCUCUUUCUUUAUUACUUUGCUCUGCCACCUGGGAAAAACCAUACCCACCUCUUAAAUGAAUACCGUGUUAUUUUGGGAAUUUAAUAGUCAGAAAAACAAAGAGAUCCAGUGCCCAGUUUUCUACAGUUAAGUUAUAAGCCUUUUUGUUCUUACAUUCAUAACACCCUCUCAGGCGGCAGUCGGACAGUCCCACCCUUGCGCCACACUGUGCGAAUACUUACCCAUGGGCUAUUUAUGGACUAAAACUCAUGAUGAGAAAUAUUAGUGGACAAUUCUGUCUUUUUUUUUUUCAGACUUUAUGUGACUCAUCUUCUCUCAGUGACAUAACCAAACAGCAGUAUUUCUUUGAACUGAAAGCAUCUCCCAUCCAUUUUGCUUGCUCCCAUCCAGCAGGGGACAGCUGGGAAUACACACUCCUCUUGCCAGACUCGACUCCAAGUGUUAUUGCCCAUCAAUUAUCAUGGCAGAACUGAAACACAUGUGCAGAGUUAUUUUUCUGAAACAUAUCUGUACUACUGAGGAGGUGUUUGCAGUGACACUAAUUACAUUGAUAUAAGGAGAAACGAGGAAUACCUAAAGGCUAAGAUUUUUAGUACGAGAAAUUACUCAAAUGUAAUCACUUUGCCCUUCGAGAUGAUGCUUGAUGUUCCUUUAUGUACAAAUCGUGGAAGUAUUACAACUAUGCACUUAUAAUUAAGUAAAUUAUAUAAAUGAAUUACAAUUAAAUAAAAAAAAAUCAAGAAUUAUAAA